CCCCCCUUUGACAACGAGAAAAAACAUUGCAUUGUUGCAUUGCUGUUUCUUAAACAUUGUUUCUACAUUUGAAUUUCAUCAGUCAGUUAAACUUUGACCACUAGUUAGUUAUUUAAGUCUUGUUCCGAUUUUUUUUUUGCCCUCAACCUGCCUCAUAGUUUGGAAACCUGACUGUUUGUCUCUGUCGUUUUAAAGGUCAGCUUCAGCCCCCAUGACAACACGCUGAUCUGUGUGAGUGGCAAUGGCGUGUUCAAGCUGUACCGCUACCUAGAGGGGGCCCUGAAACAGUGCAGCUUCCAGAAGCUCGAGUCCCUGAAUAUCCUGUCCCAUGUCUGGAUGUCAGAGGAGCGUGUGAUCGCCGGCACCGACACGGGCCGCCUGCUGGUGUUUGAGUCUGGCGACAUGCGCUGGGAAAUGAGCGUCACCUCUAAGACCUCACACGAGGUGGACAGACAGGAGACGAAGCCCUCAGAGGAGGAGGAGGAGGGCAGGCACUCUCCCAGCCUGCCCCGUAUCACCGUCAUCACGGCCUACUCCAAGGGCUUCGCCUGCUCGGCCGGGCCUGGCACAGUGUGUCUGUUUGAGAAGACGGAGGAGAAGGACAACUACCGCAAGACCAGAGAGAUACAGAUACCUCCAGAUCCACACAGUAAUGAGCCGAGUCAAGCCCAGCUGCAGGAGAUCACCGGCCUGUGCAUCAGCCCGUCCGAGGAGGCCCUCUCUGCCUGCACCGACUACGGGCAGAUCUACAGCAUCACCCUGGCCUCCGCUGAGAUCAGCAAGGGGGAGCAAGCGCAUUUUGAGUACCUGUCACACUCCUUCCACUCCAAAGCCAUCACCGGCCUGUCCAUCUGCAUCCGCAAACCCCUCAUCGCCACCUGCUCAUUGGACCAUUCGGUGCGCAUCUGGAACUAUGAGAGCAACGUUCUGGAGCUGUAUAAGGAGUUCCAGGAAGAGGCCCACAGUGUGGCACUGCACCCCUCUGGCCUUUUCGUGCUGGUGGGCUUCACAGACAAACUGCGCCUGAUGAACCUGCUCAUAGACGACAUCCGGACCUUCAAGGAGCUGACCGUGCGCGGCUGCAGGGAGUGCGCGUUCAGUCACGGGGGACAUAUGUUCGCCGCUGUCAACGGCAACAUCAUUCAUAUCUACUCCACCACCACCUUUGAAAAUGUGCUCAAUCUCAAAGGACACAACGGGAAGGUGCGGUCGGUCAUAUGGAGUAUGGACGACAGCCGCCUGGUGUCGUGUGGCCAGGACGGUGCCGUGUACGAGUGGAACACCCUGAGCAGCAAGCGAGAGUCCGAGAGUGUGCUCAAGACCUGCAGCUACACUAGUGUGGCCAUGUCCUCAGAUGGCAAAAUCUUCUUUGCCGUCGGCACAGACAGAACCUUGAAGGAGAUCCAAGACUGUCAGAUCCUUAGGGAGAUGAGUGCCGAUGAUGUGAUGUACACAGCCAUCACCAUGACCCACAGCGGGCGCGCCAUCUUCACCGGCACCUCCGCCGGGACCAUCAGGGUCAUCAAAUACCCAAUGCCCGUCCAGAAAGAGUGGACGGAGUACCAGGCCCACUCGUGCGCCAUCACUAAGAUGAUCAUAACCUUUGACGACCAGUACCUGCUGACCGUGUCUGUGGACGGCUGCCUUUUCAUAUGGAAGAUCAUUGAUAAAGAGGGCCGGGGUUUGAAGAGGGAUAAAGACGUGUCCUACGCUGAGGAGAUCCUCAUCACCAAAUCUGACCUUGAGGAGAAGAAUCAAGUCAUGAUGGAACUGAAGACUCGGGUGGAGGAGCUGAAGAUGGAAAAUGAGUAUCAGCUGCGACUGAAGGACAUGAACUACAACGAGAAGAUCAAAGAGCUCUCGGAGAAGUUGAUUCACGAGAUAGAGGCUCUCAAGACCAAGAACCAGGUUCUCAAAACCGAGAAGGAGAAACAAGAAAACGUCCACAAGGAGGUUUUGGCUGAGGCUGAGGAGAAGCAUUCAAAAGAGCAGCAAGAUUUUGAAUCGGCGAGCAAUCAGAAGCUGAUGCUGGAGUACGAGAAGUACCACGAGCUGCAGCUGAAGUCUCAGCGCAUGCAGGAGGACUACGAGCAGCAGCUGCAUAGCAUGGAGAAGAGGAAGUACCAGGCUCUGGAGGACCUCACCUUCAGCUACGAGACCAAGCUGCAGGAGAAGCAGCUAGUGCUCACCCAGUGCCAGGAGGAGUCUCAGCAGCAGGUGCGGGAGUUCGAGGAGGCAAAGAAACAGAUCGAGGAGGACAGCGACCACGAGAUCCAGAGCAUUCGCCUCAAAUAUGAGAGGAUGCUGAGGGACGAGAAGGAGAUGAGCCUUUGUCUGAAGGGGGAGACGGGAAUCAUGCGGAAGAAAUUCAGCAGUCUGCAGCGAGAGAUCGAUGAGCGCAAUGUUGAGAUCGAGAGGCUGAAGGUGGAACUGCAGAAGUUCCAGGGGGUGAUCCGAUCUAUGGACAAGGACAUCAACACCCUCAAGAAAGAGAUGAUGGAGAGAGAUGAGACCAUCCAAGAUAAGGAAAAGCGAAUAUAUGAGCUCAAGAAGAAGAAUCAGGAGCUCGAAAAGUUCAAAUUUGUUUUGGACUACAAAAUCAAAGAGCUGAAGAAGCAGAUUGAGCCCAGGGAGAAUGACAUCAAAGAGAUGAAGGAGCAGAUCCAAGAGAUGGAGACCGAACUGGAUCAGUUCAACAGGAAGAACACGCAGCUGGAGCUGAAGAGCACUGAGCUGAGGCUCAAGCUGAAGGCCACAGACACUGAGAUGCACAAACAGAUGAAGCGGGUGAAGGAUGUGGAGUCCCUGGUGCACAGGUUCAAGACGGACCUGCACCACUCCGUCAGCUUCUUCCAGGAGCCCCAGAAGCUGAAGGACAGCAUCAGGAAGCUGUACGAGCACUACGUGCAGCAGAGCGACGUGGGGGACAUCCUGGGAGAGGACGCGGACAUCCAGCGGGAGUACAGCCGCCAGAGGGAACACUUGGAGAGGAACGUGGCGUCGCUGAAGAAGAAACUGUCCAAGAACACGGGUGUUCACCGAACAGAGAACAUCAAGAUCAUGACGGAGAACGUCUCGCUGAUCAGAGAGAUCAAUGAGCUGCGGCGAGAGUUGCGCAUGGUCCGCUCUCAGCUCCAUGACUUCGAGUGCCAGGAGACCAUCAAUAAGAAGAUGAGAGCCUCCUUCGACACUGCUGCAGGCCCCGUCAUCCCGCGGCUGAAUUUCGACGAGGAGGCGGAACGCAUCAUCCAGAUGCAACGCACGGAGAUCCAGCGGCUACGCCAGGAGAUCCAGGGCCAGAGCCAGGUGCUCACACUGCGGCCGCCCACCAGCGGCACCAAACUCCCCGCCUUAGCCACCUGAUCAACAGGCUGCCUGCCUGCUCUCUGCCCCCAGCACCCCCUCUCCUCCGGGCCUCCUCGUCAGUGAAGGGGGAUGGCCUGGAGCUGUGUGCUGGAGGGAAGUGUGUUAGGGGCGGUCGCAUGAAUCAGGAAUUCAGAGAGGGGUCUACCCCUGGUUCUAAUAGGAGGAACCUGCUUAUUCUAGAGUUUUUAUGAUUUAUUUAUGUCUCUUAAUUGUCAAACUGGACACUUUUAAAUGAACUGAUGAAUAUUUGGGUUAAAUGAAAUGUCACCACUGCAGCAAAUGUAUGGUAUGAGGGUUUUGGACUAGAAACACUACAAUCAUAUUAGUGUUGACAUAUGUAAAUAGAUAUUCUUAAUAAAAUCCGUCAGAUUGGUCUCUUGUCUAUUAUGUCUAAAAUCUCUACUCACCAAAAUCUUGGUGAUUUUAUCUAGUGCUUACGUCAUCAUUCAUCAACAUUAGGACUGGUUACAUUAUAAAAUGUAACUUUUUUUCACAAAAACGAAAUCUUUUUUCACAUGUUUCUAACAUAACAGAUCAUGCCCAGUACAUUUUGCCAUAGUUCAUACAGUAGGAUGCCUACAGAGUGUUACAACCCACGCUCAAAAUCUAACCCACGCUUAAAAUCUUCCACAUAAAGCCUUUUCAAAACAUGCUGUAGAAAUGCGUCUCAGAAUCAGAAUCGCUUUCUGAUAAUUGCUUAGCAGAUUUUAAAGACACAAAAAGUCCUUCACUGUGGUAAGCCUGAGCUCACGUGAGUGACAGCAUCCUGCUGGUGACAAAAUGGCCAUUCUCUGGACACGAUGACAUAAGGCUGCCUGUGGACGGCAGGGUGGCCACCCCCAGCACGGCAGUCAUCCACUGACCUAUUGUCUCGUGUAAUGCCUGGGUAGGGUGGCUCUCCGGGACACACAGUCUACUCACUAUCCUCCCGACCACACGCAGCAUGUGUGUGUGUGUGUGUGUGAGAAAGAGAGACUCUUUGUGUACGUGUCUGUGUGG